UAGACAAGUUCACCUCUAUGAUUCGGACAGUUGGUUCGUUGUAACCAUCUCGUACUAUUCUCUUAGAAACCAACUGUAGAUAUGGCGGAUAAGGAAAAGAAGAAGAAGACCAAAAAGAAGGAGGAGGCAGCUCCAGCGCCUCCUCCUCCAGAACCUGCGCCAGCACCAGAAGAAAAACCGCCAACCCCAACUGGAACACCUAAGGAAUCUGGAUCUGCAAGAGCGAGUAGUCGUGGUAGCCGAAGAGCUAAGCGUAGCGGCUCUAGUGUCUUUUCUAUGUUUACUCAGAAACAAGUUGCUGAGUUCAAAGAGGCAUUCGGGCUUAUGGAUCAGGACAAGGAUGGUAUUAUCGGUAAAAAUGAUCUACGUGCGGCCUUCGACUCGGUCGGUCGUCUUGCCACUGACAAAGAACUCGAUGAGAUGCUCAAUGAGGCACCAGCACCUAUCAACUUUACCCAAUUGUUGAAUCUAUUCGCUGUUCGUAUGUCAGGAUCAGGCGCUGAUGACGAUGAUGUUGUAAAUAAUGCCUUUAAGACCUUCGAUGAGAAUGGCAAAAUCGAUGGGGAAAGACUGAGGCACGCCUUAAUGACCUGGGGCGACAAAUUCAGUGCAAAGGAAGUUGAUGAAGCCUAUGAUCAUAUGUACAUCGAUGAUAAAGGUUUCAUUGAUACGCCAAGUCUCAUUGCCAUGUUAACUGGCACAGGCGAAGAAGAAGAAGAUUAAACUUAUAUUACUAACACCCGAAAAAAAAAACUCAUUAAAUUUUUAUUCAUUGCAAACGAAGUUUCGUGUUACGUCAGGUUCGCCGAGACCAUUUCUAAAACAUAAUGACAAAAA